AUGAAGCUCAGUAAAGGGUUGCAUGGCAGCAUGGUGCUCCAAUACGCUACAGAAGGUGGAGAGUAUGGAUCUGCCGCGUUCGAUAGCAUUCCUUGCGACACCUACUGCCCCGUUGUCUGCUUCAGCGCGCCCAACCAGAACAUUACGAUGGAGAACAUUUCGGACGGCGCUACAGUGGUCAAAGAUACAGUGAAGCGAGAGAUUAUAUUUUUGGUGACCAACCGUAUGGAGAUGUUCCAAAGCAGCAGCACUUUGGCAAUCGAGCUCAUCGCGAAGAACAAUGGGGACAGCUUGAAAGGCAUACACUCCGAGACUGUUCGCGUCACAGCUUCGGCCUUGCGGCGCAUUCUCAUUGGUUCGUUGCUUGGUCGCGAGGAUGUGCUUGACUUCGCAUUCCCGACGGCUGCUAAGCAAACCAGCGAAGAAGGGGAUGAUACCAGUGAGACCAGUGACCAUUCGUUCCAGCUCGCGGGGCCAUCUGACUCGCCCAAGUGA